AUGCUCCCUAAUGAGAAAUACGGAAUUGUUGUAAAAACAGGAACUACAUUAAAUGGAAAUAUUUUGAUAAGACAUUAUGAGCAGGUUCCAAAUAUAAUGGAAAAGCAUUUAGUGCCAAGGCCCAUUUAGAUUGUUUACAUAGAAUCAAUUGAAGAACCUUGGCGUUAAUUGGCUUUGGAUUUGGAGAGAAAAUACGUAGCAUUGACCUUGGAGAUACAGAAUAGAAAACUAAAUGGAUAUCAAAAGACUGAAAAUGGUUAGAUUACUUAAAAUGAGGUGAAUUAAUAAUGCGAUGAAAUAGAGAGUGAGAUAGAAAAAUUGGAAUAACAAUUGAAAUAAAUGGAUGAGGAUUAUAAUGAUAAAAUGAAAUUGUUUUAGCAAUUACAGGAAUAGGAGACAAGAAUCGAAUCAACAAGUUAUGAUUAAGAGCAUUAACUCGAAGAGAUGAAGCUAAAAUUUAAAAAGUUAAAUGGAUUAAACAGUGAUCUUAAUGAAAAAAUUGUUAUGUUAGAGGCUGAAAACGAAGCAAUCAAAAAGAUGUAGACAAGGAAGAGCAUUGUGACUACAACUACAACUAAAAACCAAAUUCACGUUCUAUGA